UCCAGGCACCACUAUGGAUUCAUUUACAUAAUACUAUUUUCUGAAGCUGCAAGGUUGACUCAGACAGCAGCACACCACUCAUUCCAAUUGUUCUCUUUAAACCAAUAAGGUCUGAACAAGGGAACCAGUGUGGUUUGCCUCCCUGAAACCAAAAAAAAAACCCCUCUGGAUAUGUGAGCAGAUCUACCAGAAAACCCAAACAAAUAGGAGGGAAGAGGAUUCUAAUUCUUUGUCUUGGGAUCUGAGAUAGUAUCUGUAUUUACUGAGAAAGGAGCUGACUUCAGAGUUCCGGCUGAUUGCUGGAGCUUGAUGCUACAGUGCAUGCAGGCAACCUCCGCAAGAGCAAGCUACUGUUAAAGUCUUCCUGAGAAAAUCCAAUGUGUUAAUUUCCUUUCUCCAAAGCAGUUCUUUCCUCCCAGACAUUCAGGCUUUUGAGCCUGCAACAUUAAUCAGGGAUUUUCCUCCAGAGGUCUGGUUUUACCUUCCAGAAGCAGACAAUUCAGCUGAGAUGUUCAGUUUAUAAGGCUCUCUUGGAAGCAAACGUACAAGUGAACUGUGCCGAGGAGCUGUUCCUUUCAAACAUGCUCAGUUUAUAAGGUUUCUUAGGAGCAAAACACACAACUGUACUCUCCCCAGGAGUCUGCUGCUGUUGUUGGAGUUAUUGAAUGGAGGGAACGUGGAGGAUUUGUCACUGACAGAACAGAUAUCUGUCUAUGGAAAUGCAGGAUCUAGCCAGCCCACAUAGUAGACUUAGUGGCAGUGGUGAUUCUCCCAGUGGGACAGGCCUCGAUAAUUCCCACAUAAACAGCAAUUCCAUGACACCAAAUGGCACAGAAGUUAAAACAGAGCCCAUGAGCAGCAGUGACACUGUGACCACAACUUCAGACGGACAUUUAGACAACUUCUCAGGGUCAGUGAUUGGAAGCAGUGGAUAUAGCCCACAACAAGUCCACCAAUUUUCCCCACAAAUAUAUCCAUCCAACAGAGCGUAUCCCCAUAUUCUGCCUACCCCUUCUUCCCAAACUAUGGCUGCUUAUGGACAGACACAAUUCUCCUCGGGAAUGCAACAAGCAACAGCAUAUGCAACAUACCCCCAGCCUGGACAGCCUUAUGGAAUCCCACCAUAUGGUGCAUUGUGGGCAGGCAUCAAGACGGAAGGUGGAUUACCGCAGCCACAGUCACCUGGACAGACUGGAUUUCUAAGUUAUGGCUCAAGUUUUAGUGCACCACAACCUGGACAAGCACCAUACAGUUAUCAAAUGCAAGGGAGCAGUUUUACCACAGCAUCAGGAAUCUAUGCAGGAAGUAAUUCACUCACAAAUUCAACUGGAUUUAAUAGUUCCCAGCAGGAAUAUCCAGCUUAUCCCAGUUUUGGCCAGGGCCAGUAUGCACAAUAUUAUAACAGUUCGCCGUAUCCUUCACAUUAUAUGACAAGCAGUAACACCAGCCCGACCACUCCCUCAACUACUGCAACCUACCAGCUACAGGAUCCCCCAUCUGGAAUCACCAGCCAAGCUGUUACAGAUCACUCAACAGCCGAAUACAGCACUAUCCACAGUCCAUCAACGCCUAUUAAAGAUUCAGAUUCAGAUCGAUUGCAGCGCAGUUCAGAUGGAAAGUCACGGGGACGAGGCAGGAGAAACAACAACCCUUCCCCACCUCCAGAUUCUGACCUUGAAAGAGUUUUCAUUUGGGAUCUGGAUGAGACAAUCAUUGUUUUCCACUCGUUGUUGACAGGAUCCUAUGCUAACAAAUAUGGAAGGGAUCCACCUACUUCAGUGUCGCUUGGACUUCGCAUGGAGGAAAUGAUAUUCAAUUUGGCCGACACACAUUUGUUCUUCAACGACUUAGAGGAAUGUGACCAGGGUCAUAUUGAUGAUGUUUCUUCAGACGACAAUGGACAAGAUUUAAGCACAUAUAACUUUGGAACAGAUGGCUUUCCAGCAGCAGCAACCAGCGCAAACCUGUGUUUAGCAACGGGUGUUCGAGGAGGGGUGGACUGGAUGAGAAAAUUGGCUUUUCGUUAUAGAAGAGUAAAAGAGAUCUACAGCACAUACAAAAACAACGUUGGAGGUCUACUUGGUCCUGCCAAACGGGAAGCAUGGUUGCAACUAAGGGCAGAAAUUGAAGCACUGACAGAUUCCUGGUUAACGCUUGCACUGAAAGCCCUUACUUUAAUCCAUUCUAGGACGAACUGUGUAAAUAUACUUGUUACAACUACACAGCUUAUUCCAGCCCUGGCAAAGGUUUUGCUGUAUGGAUUGGGAGUAGCUUUCCCUAUUGAGAACAUUUAUAGUGCAACCAAAAUAGGAAAAGAAAGCUGCUUUGAAAGAAUUAUUCAGCGGUUUGGGAGGAAAGUUGUAUACGUUGUAGUAGGUGAUGGAGCUGAGGAAGAACAAGGAGCCAAAAAGCAUUCAAUGCCAUUUUGGAGAAUCACAAGCCACUCAGACCUGAUGGCCCUGCAUCAUGCAUUAGAACUUGAAUAUUUAUAGCAACAAAUGGCACUUUGUUCUCCGUGGAGAGAUUUAAAGGAUAACACAAAACAUUCUUUCCUUUGUCACUAUGCAAAUCAGUCAUUUGUAACAAGCUAUAAUGGAAUUGCCAUUGAAAAAUCAUUAUUGUAAUAUUGCUGGCGUUUCUAAUGCUUGAAAAUGGCAACGAUGCCUCAAAAACAUUAAAGAUCAGCCGUCAUAACUUUCCUAGAGACAAUACAAAGGUUUACUCCUGUGAAGAAAAACUGGACUACCUAGUGUAAUCGGAAUGAGAGGGUCUUUGAAAUAAAUGCCCCUCUCCAUGCAGCUCCAUUCUCUCUGUUGGCCUGAAGAAGAGUUUACUGUUUGUCUUCUUGCAUCCAAAGUAAUAAAUCAUAUUUAUGAAUGGACUUAACAUACAGAUACAUGAGGAUUUCUAUGGUAAGGCACGUGAGCUUUUAAAAGGCUUUUUCAUUUGGACUUUAGUCUAACUUGUAUACUGUAAUUUAAACUAUACACAUCACUGAGACAAUCAUGUACAGAAAGAUUUUGUGUAAAUUUGUAAUAAUGGAUUCUUUUACAUAUUGUUUAGGUAAAUAUUCUUAAAGGGUAGCAAUGCCUUGGUUGGGCACAUAUACGGGGCAGUGUGCGUGUGUGUGAGCUGUGGUGCAGUGCCUUAACAAAGCGUUAGAUAUAAAUAUGUCGAUAUAUAUUUUUUUUUUUAACUGUAGUGGUAUUUGUUAUGACCAAAAGCAUGGAUGUCAAGUGUCAAUAAUGUUUUUACCAUUACCUCUUUUCAACACUAAUGAAAAUAGAAAACAUGCUUGCUUGUUCAUAACGUAAGGGUGACUGACCACCAGAAAAAGAAAUAUCAUCUUAAACCCAAUAACAUUUUAGGGUAGGUCAAAACAGGCGACUGUCUUAUUGCAUUUACUCACUGUGAGAAAGCCUCCAAUACUAACAUUAUUAUUGACAAGACACACUAAUUAGUGUAAGAUAAUUGCUCCAGUUUGCCUUGUGCAAAGCAGUUCACACACAACCUAUCACUAGUGAUGGGAAGAUUUCGGCCGAAAAAUUCCCGAAACGGCAAAAAAUCAGCGAAUCACGGGAAUUCUCUGCGAAUUCACGCCGGCCGAAUAAAUUGGCCCAUCACUACCUAUCACAAAGGAACUUCUCAGGUAUGACAUGCUGAGGGUGUUUCAGCCUCCCUUAGCCAAUGUGCGACCUGCCUCCACUCAUUCAGAUUGCUGCACAGUAGCACAGUCAUUAAAGCAUUGACUUGUGGACAUUUCUGUGAAACAUAUGUGAGAACUUACCCUCCGCAUUGUUGUGCUUUAAAUAUCAAAUCAACUUGCAAUAAAGUCCCCCAGACAGGAAUGUUUCCAGUAACAGGAGUGCCCCCUUUUAUCUCUACUAUUCUCCAAUCUAGUCUAUAUAUUUUUGUUGUCUUUCUCUUAUUUAUUUUGGUACACAUUCAGUUUAUCUAAUAAAAUAUACCAAUAGUAAGAGAAGA